AUGGCUAGAAAGAAGAAGCAGGCAACUCCAGCCCCCUCUAAGAUCACUAAAGAAGUUACAGAAAUUACAGAAUCACUCUUUAUUCCUGCUUCAGCUGGUUUUCCUAUUGUUCAUGAGGUUUUUGAUGAGGGUGAUGAACUUGUGACCCCUGCUCCUGGGCUUGUUCAUCCUUCUGCAGGAAUGAUUACUAGAAGAGAUGCUGAGCUUUUGGCUUUGAGUUUUGGUUCAGUUUGUCCUAAAUCCAAUGGAACAGUGAAAUCCCCAAUUACUGUUCCAUUGCAUAAUUCUAGCUCUGCUGCUGGACCAGCUGCUAAUAUUGCCUUGAAAAAUUCUCAUCCUCUUGAACCUAUUGGAAGUAUACUGAAGAAGGGUGAUAAUGAAGUUGCUGGUGAUCGAGAUUUUAAUGGAAAGCUGACUGCAAAAGGGUUUGCUCUGAAAUUUGUAUCCCCGCAAAUUAAAGAAGCCAUUAAACGUUUUAUUGCUAAUGAAUGGAGAAUUGAUAAUAAUCCCGAUGUGUACUGGCAUUAUGAGGGGUAUUUUAUUAUUAAUCUUCGUUCUCUGGAUAAUUUGAAUUCUGUCAUGAGUGAAGGCCCUCAUAUGUUUUAUGGCAAGCCAGUUAAACCUUGGACUGACAAAUUUGAUUUUAGUUCUGAAAUUUUGCGCACUAUUCCACUUUGGGUUAAAAUUCCUAAUCUUCCUUUGAAUUGUUGGGGUGCUGAAACCUUAAGUAAAAUUCGAAGUACCUUGGGUGUUCCAAUAUGUGCUGAUGAAUGUACUUCUAGACAUCUAAGGGUCUCUUUUGCAAAGCUCCUUAUAGAAAUUGAUAUUACAAAACCCCUGGCAAAGUCGGUUUGGGUGGAAAGCCCUAAAGGAGAGAUAGUUGAACUUAAGGUGAUCUAUGAAUGGAUACCUCCCUUCUGUACAAAAUGCAAUAAGCCUGGUCAUAAUUGUGAUGAACUUCAAGCAAAGCCAGCUCCUAUAAUUCAAACACAGAAGAAAGUGUGGGUUCAAAAGCAAAAUCAAGGUCCUGGAAAAACAGUGUCAGAUACUUGGGAAACCAUGAAAAAGAAAGGUAAAGAACCUGCUGUCUCUGUCAAGCCUGUCCUUACUUCUAACAAAUUUGAUAUGUUGCAUGAGUCUGAUGUUGAUGUUCUGGGACAUAAACCUAGCGGGGGUAGGCCCCCUCCAGUACAAUGA